UUUCUCCACGACAUGUCCCUUUGGAAGCAUGCUACUCUUGCGCAGAGGCAUCCGCGUCUCAUGCCAGAUCCUCUCCACCGAUCUCCGCGCAGUCGUCGCCCGACGUUGGAAUGCGACCGCCAGCGAUGACCUCCGCAGCGAAGGAGAGGCGGUCGACGACCUGCGAAAUUACAAAGUCUGGACAGCAGAGGAGGAGCGCAAGCUACUGGAGCUCCGAGCAUCCGGACUGAUUUCGAGGGAGAUCGGACGAGAGCUGAGGAGGGCAACCACCUCAGUCCGCAGGCGUUUCUGGUUGAUCAGCACGGGCAACGGAGUCGAUAAAAGCCUGGCAGAAAGGGCACAAGAACUCCUCCAGCAACGCAAGCCACCGACUUCGGUCGCGGAGGAAGAGAGGGUGCAGGUGGAGAAGUUGCGGGAUCAGAAUUACAGCAGGAGAAACAUCGCAGCGAAACUAGGCAUGACCAUUGCCAGGGUGAACUAUCUUUUGGCUCCCAACAAACGUGGUACAGGUCUCAGCCGAUAUACGGCAGAAGAGGAUGCAAUGAUUGUGGGCCUGUUGCAAAAUGGUCAGGGCUGGGAUGCGAUUCGCGCGAGACUUCCACACAGAUCACGCAAUUCCUUGUACCUCCGCUGGCAAACAAUCUGCCACAAGCACGCGUUUUGGCAUCAAAUGUCAGAGACAUCGCCAUGUCCUUCCAAAACGCAUCAAUGGACAGAUGAAGAUACUGCACAACUGAAACGACUGUAUGAGCAAGGGACGAGGACACGCAACAUCGCGGAGCGUUUGGGCAGAACCCCCACAGCUGUGCGCUUGAAGAUGUUCAAACUACGCAUGUUAGGAGAGGCGGAGCACAGCGGGCAGUCCAACAAGAAGGGAGUGGGCAGGAAAAGAGCUCCACGCCAGCGUUAUGACGACCCAUGAGGAUGCUUCCACCUCGUGGGCAGGCGAACGACAACAGUCCCAUGCCCUACGUCCUCCAUCUUCACCGACAGGGCCGCCACGGCCUCACAAACGGCAUCCCCGCCAUUCUCCUCAAAAUUCGCGCAUUCUCAAGGUGCAAACUCAGCCUGCCGCGCUCACAGGGGCUCACCGGACCCGCUGCUGAGAGCACUCGAGCAGUGCAUGAUGCCGCGCUUUUGCGAUUCGCUGUCAACUGCCAUCGUUGAGUUUUUUGUUGAGAUGGCGAUCUUAGCACUGCAUUUUCACAAGAUGUGCUGGUCCUGGACUGGCGGAAAUGGCCCAUCGAUGCCGAGUAGCAGGACAUGAUUGGUGGUUCAAUCUCGCAGGGACAGAAGGAUUCCUUCCAGGGCCUGGAUUGGUGAUGCCACUUCACAUCACGCAUUUCACAGGAGCCAUCUGAGACAACCCAUCCUGGAAUGCGACUACAAGUCCCGUGGGCUGUGCAACAGGCCAAAGGGAAGGGAUUAGUGUGACCACGGGUUGUAAGCUGGGCCGCUGACCGGCCCCAAUCGCGACCGCAUUGAGCCUGCCGCGUUUAGCCGUUUCACGAGGCAGUGCUUUAUGUAUACGAGAAAGUCUACAAUACUCAUGCCCCGCCAGACCGGUCAGUGUCUUACAACUAGCUUCAGGCGCAAGAGCGGGUGUCUCAAUGGAGGCACAAUA